AUGCACCGGGAUGAAGCAAGGGGCAGCAAACUGAGCCUUCCUCAGGAGGAGGAGGAGGAGGGUGAGGAGCUGCGGCGCAGGCAGGGUCCCAGCGGCGAGGACACCCCGGUCCCAGGGAAGCCAGGGGAGCGGAGCUCCAUCAUCUACUCUGCUGGGCAGUUUUUCUUCGAGUACCUGGUGGUGGUGUCGCUGAAGAAGACGCCGGAUGGACGUUAUGAACCCAAGAUAGCCUACCAGUUCCCUAAGCGCGAGAACUUGCUGAAGGGGCAGAAGGAGGAGGAGGAGCGUCUCCUGAAAGCCAUCCCCCUCUUCUGCUUCCCCGACGGCAACAACUGGGCCCCCGUCACCAAGUUCACCAGCGAAACCUUUUCUUUCGUCCUGACCAACGUGGAUGGCAGCAGGAAGAUCGGCUACUGCAGGCGGCUGCUGCCAUCGGGCCGUGGUGUCCGCCUUCCCGAGGUCUUCUGCAUCAUCAGCUGCCUGGGCUGCUUCGGGCUUUUCUCCAAGAUUCUGGACGAGGUGGAGAAGCGGCGCCAGAUCUCCAUGGCAGUGAUUUACCCCUUCAUGCAAGGCCUGCGGGAAUCACCCUUCCCUGCUCCAGGGAAAACCGUCACCAUUAAAAGCUUCAUCCCCGAGUCAGGCACAGAGCUCAUCGAGCUCACAAGACCUGUGGAUGCCCACCUGGAGCACGUGGAGUUUCAGGCGCUGCUCCAGCGGCUCAGCCCCAACCUCAUCCUGCACAUCUUCGCCUCCGCUGUCCUGGAACGACGGCUCAUUUUCCUGGCGGAGGAGCUGAGCGUCCUGUCACAGUGCAUCCACGCCGUGGCUGCUCUCCUCUACCCCUUCACCUGGGCUCACACCUACAUCCCUGUGGUCCCCGAGUGCCUCCUGGACACCGUCUGCUGCCCCACGCCCUUCAUGGUCGGCAUCCAGAUGCGGCACCUCCGCGCCCAGCCGAUGGAGGAGGCCCUGAUAGUGGAUCUGUGCGAAGGGAAGAUCCUGCGGGCGGUGGGUGACGAGGAGGAGAUCUUGCCCAUCAAGCUGCAGAACGAGAUGCUGACGUCUCUGAACAGGCACAACAACAACAACAACGUGCACACACCCGAGCAGGUGAACGCGCUCGUCUCCGAAGCCUUCGUGCACUUCUUCGUCCGAACGGUCGGCCACUACGCCUCGCACAUCAAAUGGAGUAGAAACGGCUCGGGCACCUUCCAGGAGCGAGCUUUCUGCAAAGCCAUCACCUCCAAGACCAGCCGCAAGUUCGUGAAGAAGUUUGUGAAGACAAACAUGUUUUCCCUAUUUAUUGAGGAAGCGGAAAAGAGCAGGAUCCCACAGGAAGCAUAUUUCCAGCAGAAAAUAUCAGAGUACCACAAACAGAAGAAAAAAAAAAAGAGUAGGAAAUAG